AUGCCGUUUCGUUGUUUUCCUGGCAAUUUAGCUGAGAAACCACUCAGUCUUCAGCUUCUGCGCUUUGUGCUGAGUGUAGCAGCUCACGUAAGCCACGAUGACAGACGUAAGAGCAUCACUACGAAAAAUUGAGUUCCGGCAGUUGUUUAGAGGCGCUACGCCAAAGCAAAAGCUGCUGACGAACGAAGCACGGAGCCCUACGUACGCUCAUGUCGCUAAAGAAAUUUCCGACGAAUUUAUCUUCAACGACUGUGACCGUCGGGGGGAACCCUCGUCGGCGAAAGCUUUCAGAGUUCGUGAACUUCAAAUCAUCGAGGUCAUCGCAAGUACCCUGCAGUCCACCAAACCCGAUAUGUGCCAGAAGAUAUUUUCAUUCUGUUUCCCUACGGCAGAUCCGACGGUGAUGGAGAGUAGGAUCACAAUUAUUUCUCGCCUCGUCUCGCUAGCGAUCGCACUGAAAAGCCAAAACACGCUCAACUGUGCCGGCUUUUGGAUGCACGUUUGCGGCUGUCAGUCAGAACUUUCCUUAACCGUAGUGCAACAUGUAGUUGGAGAUUACUUCAACCUUAUCCCAACGUCUGCGGACAGAAUGAAGGAACUGGCUGAAUUUCGCCCGCUUUUUUGCGCCAGUAUGGCUACAUCCCUUACACACAUGAAGGCUAACCCCGCUGUCGAGGUUAUCGAGCUACUGGCAACUUGGGUUCGGGCCCAGCCAUUUCUUUGCUUCACACCUAUGGAAGCAAUACCACCCCAGCUGUACACACUAUGCUUACAAACCUUCCUACCAGGUUUGAUGACUUGGUGCGUGCUGGCACCCGUGACAGCUUCUCACUCUACGAGCUUUAUUCGUUAUCUGCACUAUGCUUUGCUCGAAAUGCUGAAUCAGGCAUCGCAAGUAACACCUCGGGCGCCGAUGGUGCUGACCUUCUUACCGACGCUGUACGUUCUCCAAGUCGCAGACAAGUAGAAGAGGAUAGCAAACCCAAACGCAAAGUCGACGGAACUGGCUUUGAACAGGCUCGGACAGAUACUACAGGCUGCUUUUACGUCCUAAUGCAUCCAUGGGAACAUGGAUGCUAUGUUUCAAAUGUUGAAGCAGCUGCCUCCAAACCGGCUCCUCCGCAUUAUCCUUUCAAGGUGGGGAAACGAAGAAGUACUGACGUCGGCUUUCCUCAGUGUCAACUGA